GCGCUCAACACAUCGCACAGUAGCAACAAACAAAACAACAGACGGACAGACAGACAGACACAAGGAGCGAUGCCAAAGGUCAAAGCAAACAAGAGCCGUGUGCACCAUAAGGCCGUCGGGAACAAGGAUGCUCUCGCUGCCGUCACCACCGCCGCCUCAGCCGUGGCUUCGAAACCAGUCGUCGCAGCAGGUUCCGAGUCGAUGCAACAGAUGAAGGACCAGUUCGGACUUGAGUUCGAGGAGGAUAGGAUCGAUAAGAAGGAUAAACGAAAGCUCAGGCACGACAAAUGGAUCUCCAAACUGGAAGCGACGUAUAAUCCUCAGAAGAAGAAAAAGAAAUCCGCCCAACAAAGCCAGACCCUCUCUGUGGAUUUCGGAUCCUUCCAUGAUGUCCUCUCCACCAUAGAUCCGAUCCAAUCCCAAGCAGGAACUACAGCACUAUCAUCAUCAGCAGCAGCAGCAGCUUUGGCUUCGUCAAAGUCAGGAUCGAAAUUCAAGAAUUCAGGAAAAGCAGCACCAGUACCGGUAUCGGCAGCGAACCCAUCGUUCACUAUCAAUGCGGAUUCCUCAAAGCCCUUGCAGUCCAAGAAGGCCAAGAAGAAGGCUGCAAUGCAAGAGAUCCUGAGGUUCCAGAACGUGUUGGCCCACCCAGCAUUCAAGAGUAACCCCAUGUUGACGAUCCAGCAACACGUCAAGAAUACCAUGGAGAUGGCACCCCCAGAACCGACCGCCAUAACAACAGGAGGAGGACCUGAACUUAUGGAGGAUUAAUUAAGAUAGAUGGAGAGACAUGACAUUUUU